GACCACAGAGGAGAUACACACAGCACAAAGACUUUACCGUGGCCACGAAAAAAAAUCCGACAACGCAUCUCUUCUCCUGCUUUGAUCGUCAAAUUCCUCUUCUACCAGCUGUCAGAAACCACACAAUGGCAGCUCGAACGUUGGAAGCGCGCCUUGAGCGCAUGUCUGUCCAGGACGAAAACGACUACAACCGACCAAAGGCGUCUUCUAGCACCGUCAGCCGUCCGAACCUCUUCAAAGUCGCCCUCCAGUCACAGAGCAGCAACACAUCCACCUCCGUCGUGCUCCCGUCACAAGCCUCGCAAAAGAAGGCCAAUGGCCCGCCAUCGCCGCAACGCAAAGCACUGCCGUCCAGUGCCCGACUAUCCGAAGUCGUGAUUGACGAAAACAAGGCGCUGACCCUCAUCGAGCAGCCCAGUAUCCCCAAGGCGUUCCACCUCGGCAUGUUCGAAAUCGGCCGCCCCCUCGGCAAGGGCAAGUUUGGCAGAGUCUACCUGGCACGCGAGCGCAAGUCGGGCUUCAUCUGCGCCCUCAAGGUCCUCCACAAGAACGAGCUACAGGCAGGCGGAGGCGUGGAGAAGCAGGUGCGUCGUGAGAUUGAGAUCCAGAGCAAUCUGCGCCACCCCAACAUCCUGCAGCUGUUUGGGCACUUCCACGACAGCAAGCGCGUGUUCCUCAUCCUCGAGUUUGCCGGCAAGGGUGAGCUGUACAAACAUCUGCGCCGCGAGAGCCGUUUUCCUGAAUGGAAGGCUGCGCAGUAUGUUGCGCAGAUGGCCUCGGCGCUGCGCUACCUGCAUAGAAAGCAUGUCAUUCACCGCGAUAUUAAACCGGAAAACAUCCUCGUCGGCAUUCAUGGUGAGAUCAAGAUCUCCGACUUUGGAUGGAGUGUUCACGCGCCCAACAACAGACGCAAGACCAUGUGCGGCACCCUCGAUUACUUGCCUCCCGAGAUGAUCAUUCCGGGGUCGUCCGUCAACUACUACAACGAAAAGGUCGACUUGUGGAGCUUGGGCGUUCUUACAUAUGAGUUUCUGGUGGGCGAAGCGCCGUUUGAGGAUACACCUGUCAUGACGCAGCGUAGAAUCACGCGUGCAGACAUGACCAUUCCCAAGUUUGUGAGCCCAGAGGCUAGUGACCUCAUCAAACGACUAUUGGUGCUUGAUCCCGAGAAGAGAAUCCCCUUGGACCAGGUUCAGUCUCACCCGUGGAUUGUUAAGCACUGCGUCAAAGGCGAGCGAGCGACAAACCGCGACCGCAGCCAGUAACAUAACCGCAUGGCCGUGACGAUAUAUAAUUUGCAUUUCUGACAUUAAGUUUCACCGGCGUUUCUUUGGUCCUCUUUACUUUCUUCCCUAGUUCGGGAGUAGCACUUCAUUGGGUUCAGGGCAUUUUGCAAGGAGUUCUUUUUUUUUUCUUACCUGUUUUGUAUAUUGCAUCUGCAUUGCAUAUGUUCAUCUAACUCUAGGCUCAGCAACGUGGUCUUGGCCAUGCCAAUAUUGAAUAUAAGGAACAUUAUUACUAUUCGUUCUACUCUGGUGUUACAUGUUUUGGGUAUCGUCAUUAAAUUGAAGACUUGUAAAAGUACAUGCGGGGGAGGGGGAUAUGCGGAGACUAUCGGGCUGCUAGUUCCGAGGACGUGCAUAUAAUACAAUGGUGAUAUUCCUUUUCACCGGUAAAUCUCGUCAAAGGGACGGGUGUCUGAGUAGCAUGAAUCCCACACCUGAUCAAUAACUUGAGCCGCUUGGGCCUCGUCCUUGCAUCUAGGUCGGGCUGCAACCGACUGCGUAGCUCGAAGGCGCACACAGUUCUGGAACUGCUGCGUCAACUUCCACUUGCCUCGGGUAAAGGCCUCGCGGGUCCAUCUGCAUUCGCCGCUAAGCAUGGAUGCUCGAAUCUGGGGUAAGGGGAAAAAAGACGCAACGUUAGUCAAGCAAGAUUCAGCCACCGCGUAAUGUAGCAUUGGACGCAACUCACCUCUGUGCAUGCUGCAUGCUUUAGGUCCUUGUCUCCAGUCCAGUCCACCUUCCAUCGCAAGUGGUCCCAUGCGUGUACCAUUUCGUGGGCGAGAGUAUCCUCAAGAUGUUUGCGGUCUCUGACCUCGUUGGCGCAGAGAAGAAUGCCGUGGUCUGGGCUGAAACCUCCGGAUUGGCGGUGGACUUGCCCAUCUUCCUCUAGCCUGGCUGGACAGCGCCUGCAUACGACAUUGGAGGCGUCAAGUUUGCCAUUGAGAUCGCCAAUCUUUUGGUUAAGAAAACGGACAACGGGGGAAUAUGUGAAGAGCCAAUCGCGGUAGUCGUCGCAUCGUUUGCAGUCUCGUUCCUCGUGCACCUUGUACCGCCAUUCGCGGUAGUGGAACAUGCCCUCGUUAGUCAUUUGGCCUGACAGAAUACGAAAGUAGUUCAUCCACCACUUCAUCUGCGGGUCAAAGCCCGUCCGUGCAGGAUCAUUGACAACCUCCUUGGGUCGUUCCCCAGCAGCAGUAUUCGAUGCCACGGGCUGUGCAGAUGGCGCCGCUGACGACGCGCCGGGAGCCAUGGCGAAAGGGGCGGGGGAUGUCGACAGGCAGCUAGCUGUGCGAGCAAACUGAGAAAAGAACGGUCGGGCGGGCUACAAAGAGAGGCUCGCUAGGCUGUGCGGAAAAUACCAAAAGCAAAAGCGGCGAGCCGGAGCGAUAAGAACACGGAGAGAGAUUGCGAUAGGCUGAUAGCCAAUGGUGCAAGAAGCGUUAUAGUUUGGCGCUAUAUCUACAUGGGAGUGGGAAGACGACCACAAACUGACGAGUAGUAAUUCUGCCACAGCUGCAGUGUGGUAGCGUCGGGCGGUGAAGUCGGCAGGUUACUGGUGGACGGCAGGGCCAUACGAAACGCCGGCAUCCACUUUUGGGCCGAGUGAGCCUCGCCGUGACGGCAGGUCACUUUACAGCGGGCUAAGCGCUAGAAGUGACUUGUAGAGACGGAGACGGCGGCAACGGAAGCCAUGUACCUUUAUGUAUUCUUUUUUGAAUUUUUCCUUUUGUUUUUCAUGUUCCGUUCCGUUUUUAUCCCUAUGGCUUUUGUAUUCUGUUUGAAUUUUCUUCUACUGGUUCCGUGAUUGGCUAUUGGGGUUACGCUUAGACCGUCAGCCUGUCGUUCUUCUUAGUGGUUUGGCAACCCCGAAACGGGAUCGCUUAAGGGCUCCUUUUAGCUAGCUUACAGGCGCCCCAGCGCCCAACGAUUGCCGCUUGUAGCACUGUAGCCCGCGCUGUGUUUGCGUGCUGUGCCUGUGGCGCCGUCUCUCUGUCUGAAUUCCUGCUCACCGUAAGAUGGGCAACGAAUUCCGUGUCACCA